CUAUGCUUUAAGGCGAACAAUAUCCCAGUCUCUUCUUCCGACAAUUUUUAAUGAAGUGCAAGGCAAGUUGGCAAUGAAGUUGGAGAAAGUGAAUUGGGUCAGCAUUACGACACGUCUCUGGACGUCCGUGAAUACAGCAAGUUAUUUGGCUCUGACCAUUCAUUUCUGGGAUGAUGAUUCAUCAAUCCUCCAAUCCUUUGUACUGGAUUGCUUGAGAAUCAAAGGCCGACACACCUCCCUAAGACUUGAGGACGAAUUGAGAUCCAUCUUAAUCAAGCAUGAAGUCAUGUCCAAGAUUGUCGUGGGCGUGAUCGACAAUGGUGCCAAUAUAGUCAAGGCAUUGAGGGACAUUGAUAUCCGCCAGGUACCUUGCUACGCUCACACCUUGAAUCUUGUGGCACCAGGGUCGAUCAAAGAUGCACCUGCCCUCAUCAAGGUGAAGGACACCGCUUCCAAAAUUGUGGAGCAAACCAAACGGAGUCCCGUGGUCCAGGAUAAGUUUGAAGAUAUACAGCGAAAUCGAGGCCACACAAGGAUAAAGAAAUUGAUUCAAGACGUUCCAACAAGGUGGAAUUCAACAUUUGAGAUGAUGGAGCGGCUUGUAGAGCUGAGGGGUGCCGUGGCCGAGCUAUUGACUGAACUGGGAAUGAGCACAAAGGUUGGGGUGGUUGACUCUAACACUUGGCAAGUCCUUGGAGAAGCAGUUGAGGUACUUCAGCCUCUGUUUGAAGGAACCCUGGAACUCUCUGGGGAGAAACUAACCACCGGUUCAAAAGCUAUUCCACUUACGACAAUGCUCAUGUUCCGAUAUGAUCAUCUCAUUGAGGAAUCGGAUCCUGGAUCAAUUAAAUGUCAAUUAGCUAAAGCCAUCCGUGGUAAUCCGAAGCGCCGCUUUGGGGCCUUGGAGGAUAUCACCGAAUUAGCAAUCGCAACAUUGUUAGACCCCCGCUUCAAGGUUAAUGGAUCCCAAAGCUCUGUCAAGAAGGAUGUGGCCGUGGAAAAACUUGAGUUAGUGAUCAAUAUGGAGUUGCAGAAAGUGUAA